UGACAUCACAGAAGAUUCUGAAAUUAUGUAGUGUACAGCUGGUGAAGGCAACUCAUUGCUUUGAAAGCAAAGUUACAUGACGAACAUAGCAUUGUUUAUAUUCGAAAGAAUAGUAUGAAAUAUGCAAGUAUGCGGAUGUGUUGGAAACGUCACAUGAUAAGCAACAUAAUUGGUGUUGUAUUUGUCUGUGUCAUUGUAGGAAUUUAUAUCAGUUUGUUGCGUUACAAUAAGGCAAGCACGACUAGUUUUAACCUUGUUCCGAAAAGUGUUGGUGCAUUUCCGGUGGCGGACCGAUACAAAUCUCGGAAAGGGGCAUUAUUUCACUUCUCUAAUCUAGGGAAAAAGUCAAUAAAACCAGGAAAAUUGCCAGUCUACAUCUUGGAGGAGCACCACGAAGUGCUUCCUAUAUGGUUUGAAGCAGCAAAGAAUGGACAUAUACCACAACAUGGGAAUACCUUGAUCCAUAUCGAUGGCCACAGUGACAUGGCACCACCGUUUUUCCUGAGCCGUUACCCAGCAUGGCGUCCACCCAAAGACAACAGGGAGCUACACACCAUGAUGCAGAGAAAUGAUGCAUUCAUUGUGGAAGCAGCCAUGGCUGGACUGAUCAGGAAGGUGAUCUGGAUAUGGCCGAAGUGGACAGAGCACAGACACGAGGGUGUAGAACAAACCGGAGAGGUGGAGGUGGGCUGGGCACAAGUGGAUGGUCCACACAAAGAAAAGAUCAAGGUCUUCUGUUUGUGUUAUCACAAUAGCACAAAAAACGGCCAGAGUUGUAUUUAUUUACCGUUACAUCACGCUACAGAGACCAGUGUUUCCAUCAGCCCUCGUCUUUGCCACGUGAAGAAGUCAUUUUUCUACAAAGAAAUCAGAGAAGAUAUUGCUAUCCAAAAAUUGAGCAAAAGUAAAUUAGUGUCGUCCAGUGAAUCUGUUUUACUUGACAUAGAUGAGGAUUAUUAUGGCUGCACCUAUGCUUCAAAGCCGUUGCUGGAUGCCAACAUGUCCAUGGAAAAUAUUCACAAGAUAGACAGUAUGAUACAGAAAUUAUUCUGUCCACAAGGGUCAGUUCAGGAACAAGAGGCUGACCGGUUACUUGUUAAUGUACUUGGGAUUUUGAGAAAGGCAGCCACCUGUAACGAUAGUACUAAUAACAAAGCUAGCAAUGUCUUGUCGUCCAAAGGUAAUACUGGUCAGAUCCAAGGUCACGGAAGUAAGGUGAGCUCGAAUAAAAGUGCUUUAGACACUGAUAAAACAGCCAAUAAGAAAAACCAAAAUACAAACAACGAAAAAUGCAAGGAAGUUUCUCUAGCUCUCGUUAAAGAAGCUGAAUCUGUCCUUAAGAAAUAUCUUUGGCAGACAAAGAACUCUGUAGCAUGUAGCAGAAAGACAGCACACGGUGAGAAAAUUCUUAAAGAAUUAAUAAAUAACUUCAAACAGCGCAGUCUCCGACAGCUUAGAUCUUUACAAUAUGUCGGUUUUUGUCUGACUUCAUCUCCCAGAUCUAGUAAGCUUGUUAGCAAGUUUAGCUUUAACGUGUGUCAUGGCGAGAAUUACCCAGGGCAUUCUGCAAUAGAUGUGUACAUACCCCGUGUAUCGGAGAUCCAACACAGAACCAAACUUCUACAUGAUAUGCUUUCUGCAGUGAAAAAUAAGAAAACAACGAUGGCCACGGUUUGUAGAUCUGUGAGGGAUGGAUACACUCCACGUCGGUAUUUCAGCAGGAUAGAAAGUGAUGUGCUGAAAUCGCUGAAUAAGACAUUUGGUAAUAUUCAAUUGCGAUACGAUUCCAAUUUACUUGGUGGAAGAAAAGGAUGGCCAAGUCGACACAAGGUAUCCCCAAAAUGACAUUACACGUAGUUACAGUGCUUCAAGGAUCUGAUAUAUAUGGUUGGGGAAUGUAUUGUAUACAUUUGAAAUAUUACUGAUUUUGAGAUGACUUUGCCCAGAUUGAGCACAAGGCAUGCUGUUCAAGUUAAAUCUGUGUAUGAAAUUGCUGAGUAACGAUGCACUAGCUUUAAAUUCAGUUGUAAUAACAGGAUAGAAUUUUUUACUAGGCUUAUCAAAGACAUCAGAUUGUGAAUUCCUAAAAGAAUCCCAUCAACAGCUAAUUGUGUGUGGAAUUCAGAGCAGUUUACAUUAGAAAAUUAUGUAACAAUAUGCACAGAUUUAUAUUGAAUAGUCUGGCUUACAGCAAACUUCAUGGACACAAUCAUUCAAAUAAUAAAAUCUGCUUUCCAUCAACUGUAUAUAUAAUAUGAUCUCCCACCCAUGAAAUACAUUUUUUUAUCAUGUGAAAAUGCAAAGUUUGAAUGUAUAACACACAUGGCCAGUCCGAAGGUAAAGUACUGAUACAGGAAAGGUGUAGAUCUGCUCCCUAGCUAGACCCUCUAGCAAGCUUGAUUGAGUUAUUGUGGUAUGGUUAUAAUGCAAACACAUGAAGUAUGAUAUUGUGUUUUAUGCUGCCACAUUGUGACUAUAUCAAGAGUAAUAUUGCUGUUAUUGACAUCAACAAAUUGAAGAUAAAUUUCAUGUAUAUACUCUACCUGAUCCUGGACAGGGAUUUUAUAUCGUUUAUACCAACAUGAGAUUAA